UGUGUGCUCUGUUUCUGCCAAAUGGCUUAUUUACAAGUUUUUUGUGUGAGUGUUUGCCUGGGUGUAUAUCAGUGCACUGUGUGUGGUACCCUCAGGACAGAAAACUAGAUCCCCUGGAGCUGCAGUUGCAAAUUGUUGAGCAAGCAUGUGGGUGCUAGAAAAAACAGGAGUGCUGCAAGAGCAGCCAGUGCUCCUAUCCAUGAGCCAUAUAGCCCCUACAUUUCCAUAUGGUUGUCUCUUCAAGGCAGUUUCUCUGUAACAGCCUUGGCUAUCUGGGACGCAGAGAUCUGCCUGCCUCUUCCUCUUGAGUGCUGGGACUAAAAGUAUCACUACACCCUGCUAUGUGGAGUCCUAGUUAACCCUUUAAUGGAAAAGACCUUUAUGUGCUUAACGGUGUUAGGGAAUGGGUGAGAGUGGCAGCAUGGUUAGGCAAGCAUUCUCCAGGCUCUGGGGCUUGUCAAAAGCCUUGCCAACAGGUAAGUGAUUGAUAAGACAUUAUGGGAUGGGUUCCCUGUCACAACAUCAUUAUUACUGUGUGUUACUACACUAAGUUGGCUGAAGCCUUUUUCUUUUGUGUACCUUUGAGAUAGGGUUUCCCUUUGUAGUCCAAAUCGGCCUAAACUGAUAGUCCUGCAUCAAUCUCCUUAGUGGUGGGAAUAGAGACCUGUGCUAAAAUAAGCAGUUUAAAACCAUCCUCUAUACAACUCUAAUUUGUAGUUUGGAUACUUCUACUUCUUGUAAAACUAGACUAACCCUCCCCCUCCCCCUUCUAUGUUUGGUAUUGAACCCAGUACCUCAGGAAAGCUUUGUCACAGUGCUCCAAACUACCCCUAUUCCUUGGAUUGCCCUAGGUUUAAACCAAACUGGUCCUGAUGGCACACGUAAUCCCAAUUAGAAGCAGGCAAGAGACCUGCCACAACUUGGAGCCAGUCUGUCACACGUGGGUGAGGCAAAUGUGUUGAAUCUGAGGAGAAAUACAAGGUCAUUGCCGUGCUCGGUGGUGAAUUCCUAUAAUCCCAACACAGAAGGGCGGAGAGGCAGGAGUGCAAAAAUGGAGGGUAGUCGGGGCUGUGCAGCAAGGCUCUUUAAAAACAACAAUGCAUUCCUUUCAAAGCUGGUGUUACCAGGCCCUAGAGAUGGGCAGCUUAUGUUGAGCACUUGCUGCUCUUUCAGAGGACUUAGGUUCAGUUUCCAGACUCAUACUGGCUUACCACAGUCCAGUUCCAGGGGACCCAGUGCCCUCUUCUGACCUCAGGAUAUAAGGCAUUCCUGUGGUACACAUAUAUACUGCCAGCAAAAGAUUCUCAUGCACGUAUUACAAAAUUUAAACAGCUGGAGAACUGGCUCAUCCAGUAAGGUUGUAAUACUGCUUUUCCUGAGUUUGAUUUCUAGCACCCACAUCAGAUAGCUAAAACCAUCUAAACUCCAGCUCCAGAGAAAUCCAACACCUCUGGCCUCUCCAGGCACCUGUACUCAUGUGCAUACAAAAACAAUUAAAAAUCAAUGUUAAAAAAAAACAGGCUUUGCCUGAUCCUGAAGCUUGAGCUUUCCCCAGCCUUCACCAGGUGGCACCCCUGAUGCAGUUUUACUGGACCUUGGCCUGCAUCCCGGCUUUGCAGUUGUGGUUUAUUUUUGGCAGGCCAGCCUUCCAUCACCAACUACCCAGUCCCAGAAGAGGAGGAAGACAGCAACUCCAAGCACAAGUGUCUGCUCAGGACACAGCUCCAGGACUUCGUGGUCCCCCAUCUCUGGAGAGCUCCAGGACUGUGGAAUUCUUGUUACUUUCAUCCAAGAACCUACAAGGACAUAACAAGGCCCUUGGGAUCCCCCUGAGACCCACUGAGCAUGACCCGGGAUGAGGCCCUCCCUGACUCGCAUUCUGCACAGAGUUUCUAUGAGAACUAUGAGCCCAAGGAGGUCUUGGGCAGGGGAGUCAGCAGCGUGGUCAGGCGCUGUAUCCACAAACCCACAUGCCAGGAGUAUGCAGUCAAAAUCAUCGACAUCACAGGUGGAGGCAGCUUCAGCUCCCAGGAGGUGCAAGAGCUCCGGGAAGCCACACUGAAGGAGGUGGACAUUCUGCAGAAGGUCUCGGGACACCCCAACAUCAUACAGCUGAAGGACACUUACGAGACCAACACUUUCUUCUUCUUGGUAUUUGAUCUGAUGAAGAAAGGGGAACUCUUUGACUACCUCACAGAGAAGGUCACCUUGACUGAGAAGGAAACCAGAAAGAUCAUGCGGGCCCUGCUGGAAGUGAUCUGCACCCUGCACAAACUCAACAUUGUCCAUCGGGACCUGAAGCCGGAGAACAUCCUUCUAGAUGAUGACAUGAACAUCAAGCUCACAGACUUCGGAUUUUCCUGCCAGCUGCAGCCAGGAGAAAGGCUCCGAGAGGUCUGCGGGACUCCCAGUUAUCUGGCCCCUGAAAUCAUCCAGUGCUCCAUGGACGACAGCCAUCCUGGCUAUGGGAAGGAGGUGGACAUGUGGAGCACUGGGGUCAUCAUGUACACACUGCUGGCUGGCUCUCCGCCCUUCUGGCACCGGAAGCAGAUGCUGAUGUUGAGGAUGAUCAUGGACGGCAAAUACCAGUUUGGCUCACCAGAAUGGGAUGACUACUCAGACACGGUGAAAGACUUGGUGUCUCGCUUCUUGGUGUUGCAACCCCAGGACCGCUGCUCCGCAGAAGAGGCCUUGGCACACCCUUUCUUCCAGCAGUAUGUGGUGGAAGAAGUGCGGCACUUCAGCCCCCGAGGGAAGUUCAAGGUGAUCUGUCUAACUGUGCUGGCCUCGGUAAGGAUCUACUACCAAUACCGUCGGGUGAAGCCGGUAACCAGAGAGAUCGUCAUCCGAGAUCCCUACGCACUGAGGCCUCUACGGAGGCUCAUCGAUGCCUACGCUUUCCGAAUCUACGGCCAUUGGGUGAAGAAAGGGCAGCAGCAGAAUAGGGCUGCCCUCUUCGAGAACACACCCAAGGCAGUCCUCCUCUCCUUGGCUGAGGAGGAGGACUUCUGAGGGGCAGUGGGGCACAGAGGGAGGCAGAGAGCCGACACCCCAGAACUGUGAGGCGUCCCUAAGUAGGCCUCAGCGUCUGAGCAGGUGACCCUACUCUGUGCUUCCAAAAGCUCCCCACUAGAAGCACAUGGUGUUCCCGUUAAACAGCAGCAAUUACAGCUGGGGCUGAGUGUGGUGGCCUGCGCCUGUAGUCCUGAAGCAGUAGGAUCCCAAGUUCCAGGCCAGCCUGGGCAGCUUAGUGAUCAUUGUUUCAAAGUAAAAAUAGGGCUGGGAAUGUAACUCCGUGGUGAGUGUAAAGCCCUGAGUUCAGCCAACUCCCGGUAUGACAAAAAUUUUAAAAAUAAAAAUAAAUAAAUAGA